AUGGACGCCAAGUCCAAGGCCCAGACGCACUUGAUCUUUGAUCACAUUAAGAGCGCGGACAAGGCCAACGAGAAGUUUGGCUCGUGCAAGGACGGCAACACGAUCGUGAUGCUGCAGCCAGGCCGCAAUCCGAUCAAGCCGUAUUUGUGCAUCCCCGAAGGCAUGUAUGCGAUCGUCCAGCGCUAUGGCCGCGACAUCGACUACGUCUACCCCGACGGCCGCCACAGCCCGCUCUGGCCCGCAGGGUUUCACAUGGCGUCGGUCUUUACCAAGAUUGCGUACCUCGUGACCAAGCAAAACGUCGUCUUUGACACGCCGGUCAAGGGCUGCAAGACCGCCGACAACGUCACGGUCCACAUUGACAUGGGUCUCGUCUUCCGCAUCAUGGGCGACGAAGAGAAGGGCGAAGACCCCGCGCUCGUCAAGCGAUUCGUGUACGAGCUCGGCCCGCAAGGUCUUGAGACGCAGCUUCGGAACGCCCAAGAAGAAGCCGUCCGCGCCCUCGCCCGCAACGUCGAGCACACGGAAGUCUACUCGCUUCGCGACGGCACGGUCAAGGAGCGGCUGGAGAACUCGCUGCAGAUGCGCGGCCCGACCGCGCCGCUUCUGCCCCACGAUGCAAUCCAAGAGGACGAAGAGACGAAGGAAGAGGACGACGACCAGCCGCGUGGGAAGACAGCGCCGGCGCUCGCAAUGCCCGUCAAGUACCUCCAGGUCGACGCCUCGGCGGAACAUGGCGAUAUUCCAGCGGCCAAAAUUCUGUACAGCGUCACGGAAGACAUCAAGCACAACCUCAACAAGCAGUUCAACCCGUACGGCGUCGAGAUUAGCACGGUAUCGAUCACAAACGUGCUCUUGCCGCAAAAUUUCGAGACGCAAAUGGAAGAAAAGACCACGUACCAGAGCGCGAUCAAGGAGCAGACGAUGAAGCAGCAGAGCGACAUGCAGCUGCUCCAGUACAAGGAAGCGAUCGACACGACCAAGCUCUCGAAGCGCAUGCGCCGCAUGGAAGAAACCGAGGCGGGGAGCAGCCAGUGCGCCGAAAUCCAAAAAGACAUUGACGUCAUCAUGGCCGACACCAAGCUCUUGGAAGCACAGAUCCAGCAAGAGCAAAGCGUGCGCUGCGCCAAGAUUGUCGCGGACGCUGACCUCUCGAUUGCCAAGAUUGCAGCCGAGACCGAGAUGAUCCAGACGGAAAUCAAGGCGGCUUGCGACGCCGAGGUCAUGAAGAUCCUCGCCGAACGUGACGCGCUCGUGGUCAAGAUGAAGGCGGACGUCGACAGGCUCCAGGCUCUCGGCGAUGCCCGCGUGAAUGAGAUCCUCGCCGACGCCGAAGGCGCCGCGUCCAGCAAGCUUCAGCUCCAGCGCGAGUACUUGCUCAAGAUGCAGCGGCUGGACAUUACGAGCGCGAUGGCCUCGAACGCCGAUCUCGUGAUCGCUGGCAACGGCAACCAGAACUUACUCGCGGACGUCUUUGUCGCGCAGCAAAAGUCCAAUGUGCUCUUGAACAUCAAUGGCAUUGCAGCCUGA